UUCGAUAACGCUAUCAGCGGUGUCGCAUCGUUAUGGGUAGUGGCCGAGAAUGUACUGGCUUUGUUUCUAGCCGUUGGCGAUACAUGUCUAGCUGAAUUAAAAGUAUCGGUUCAGUCUUGCAAGUUAUGUGAUUGGCAUCCACCAAAUGCUCUGCGUUUGGGGUGUGAGACUGGACAGCCGCACCGUGAUUCCCUAUUUGAGCGCUAUUUUCUUACGACGUGACUGACUGAUGUACCACUCAGGCAUAGGUGGCAACGAGAGGAGAGCAUUUGCUCAAAAACUUCCCAAACAUGACGCCGUGGAGCGGCGGCGCCAGGCGGCCUCUGCCGCCUCCUCCACCGUGUCUUUCAGUACGACCCGCGACGCGCGCACCAUCGCCGGCGUGCAGACGUCGCCCAGCUCCUCGACGUGCUGCAGCGACGUGGUGGAGCCACUUGACUUUGAAGAAUUCCUGGAGGCGCACCAGCUGGAGCUGGCCUCGGACGAGCUGCGUGACCUGCUCGACUCGCCGCCGGACGACAUCGACGUGGGCAUCAUACAGCGCCGAUACCGCACCGUCCGGCCGCUGGCGCCCGACAAACACGAGAUCGGAUCGCUAGACCUGCACGUACAGGAGUGCGUGCGCCACUACUUGUCCGACUGGGUGUACGCUCAUCGGCGGUACUCGGAGUUCGGCAGUGCUGGCAUCUACCAGCGCUCGCUGGAAACACAAGUGCAGACAUCUGCCGAGCUGUAUCAGGAGUACGAGGUUGACGGCGUGGUGGAGUUUUCCAUCUCUAAUGGCGCCAGCAAGUCGACGCCGUCAAGCUCGGCCCGCAGCAGCAUGCUGAUGGCCGACACGCCGCGUGGGAGCUGGGCCUCCCAUUUCGACCUGAAGAACUCGACGGCCGACGCGCUGCUGCCGUCGCUGCUGGACCGCGUGCCGACGGACACGCUGGACCGGCUGAACGAGGCGCGCCGUCAGCAAGGCCGCCUGGGCUCGCUGUUCUCGCUGUACCCGCCCGAGGACGAGGAGGACGUGAUAGAGCGCCGCGCCGCGCCGCCGCUGCCGGCCGAGCACCGUGGCCACCGCAUCCUCGUCAAGUGUCUCCAGCUCAAGCUGGAGGUGACGAUCGAGCCCAUCUUCGCCUCGAUGGCCCUGUACGACGCCGGCCGGAAGAAGAAGAUAUCGGAGAACUUCUAUUUCGACAUGAACUCGGAGCAGAUGAAGAGCAUGAUGCGCGACCACGUGCCCUACGUCGACAUCAGCACACUCAGCAAGAGCUGCAUCUUUGACAUCACCUACCCCUCGGCGGACCUGUUCCUUGUGAUCAAGCUGGAGAAGGUGAUGCAGGGUGACAUCAACGAGUGCGCCGAGCCGUACAUCAAUGAUAAGAGCCGGGAGAAGGCGCACGCCGUGGCGGCCGGCUUCUGCGAGCGGCUCGGCCAGUACCGCAUGCCGUUCGCCUGGACGGCCAUCUUCCUGACCAACAUCGUGGACGGCAUCAACAGUCUGGAGCGGGAGGCCGGCGACAGGGACACGUCCAGCAACCCCAACAGUCUCGAGCGCAAGUCCUCCCAGUCGAGUUUCGACCAGUUCCGCAAGCGGCCGGCGGCGGGCGAGGGCGGGGGCGGCAGCGGCGGCCUGGGCCGGCGCGGCUCGUUCGAGCGGCGCAGCUUCAGCGAACGGCGCACGCUCACGCCCGAGCAGUUCGGCCAGAGUCUGCAGACGUUCCGGCCCGUCACGCUCACCGUCGCCAGCUUCUUCAAGCAGGAGAGCGACCGGCUGAAGGAGGAGGACCUGUUCAAGCACCUGCAGGACCUGAAGCGGCCCAGCAGCGGGCUGAAGAAGCUCAAGUGCAUCGGCGGCACGCUCAAGCUGGACAUAUCGCCGUGUCCGGACGAGGUCAAGAACUGCCUGACGCCGGAGCUGGCCAAAAUCAGGCCGUAUCCCGCCGUUCCGCUGGAGGGUGACGAUUACGACAAGUGCCGGCCCUGCAAGGAGCUGCUCGAGUUCCCCUCGCAGGCGGUGUACGAGCCGCACUUCCUCUACCGCAGCGUGCUGUUCGUGUCGCCCAAGAGCGUCAACUUCACCAACUACCCGAACAAGCCAGGCAUAUCAGCCCGCAACAUCGCCGUGCGCGUGCAGUUCCUGAACGGCGAGGGUGCGGGCGCGCCCAUGCCGGUUAUCUUCGGCCGCUCCUCCAUGCCGGAGUUCGUCAGCGAGGCGCACACGGCCGUCAGCUACCACAACAAGAUGCCGGACUUCUACGACGAGAUCAAGCUGAAGCUGCCGGCUAACCUGACGGACGCGCACCACCUGCUGUUCACCUUCUUCCACAUCAGCUGCCAGCCGCGCAAGCAGGAGCAGACCAGCGCCGCCACCCCGAUCGGAUACACGUGGCUGCCGGUGUUCCGAGACGGCCGCCUGAACACGGGCGACGCGUGCCUGCCGGUGCUGCUGGAGCCGCCGCCGCCCAACUACCCCUACAUCACGCCCGACAUCAACCUGCCCGGCGUCAAGUGGGUCGACAACCACCGGCCGCUCUUCUCCGUCUCGAUCACGGCCGAGACGUCCGUGCACGCCCAGGACAAGGGCAUCGACAGCUUCCUUUCCAUGUGUCGGGUGGUGGAGAGUGGCGUGGUGCCGCCCCGCAUCGGGGAGAACAACGUGGAGGCGGAGCUGAACCGCAGCAUCCAGCAGCUGAGCGAGAGCGAUCCGGAGCGGCUGGUCAUCAACACCGGCCAGCCGUGCUUCCAGGCCAUCGGACAGCUGGUGCAGCGGGUCUCGGACCUGCUGGAGUCGCGUAACGAUCAGCACGGCCGGAACGCGCUGCUGAUGACGUACGUGCGGUACCAGUGCACGCUGCCGCAGGGCGCGGCCGAGCCGGUGCUGGGCGGCCUCUCGCCGCCGCACAGCCCCGCCUACGUCGGCCGGGCCUCCUCGCUGCCGCGCGCCCGCACCUUCAGCAGGAGCACGAGUAACCCGAACAUGGCGGCGCCGCUGGACGCCGACUCGGAGGUUGGGCAGAUCCUGAGUCGCGCCCUGGAUCGGACUGCCAGCCUUCGCACCGUGCUGGAAGAGCUGCACGAAGGCGUGAGUCAGGAGCUGCUGGUGUCCAGCCGCACGGCCACUACCCGCAAGGUGGUGCACGAGGAGUUGGCGCUGCAGUGGGUGGUGUCCAGCGGCCGCUCGCGAGAGCUGGCGAUGCUCAACCCCUGGUUCUUCUUCGAGCUGAUGUUCAAGUCGAUGCUGUGUCACCUGGCGUCGAGCGGCCGCAUGGAGGCGCCGCGCCGCUACCGCUUCCCCGAGCGCUUCGCCGACGACGUCACCACGCUGGUCACCAGCAUCACCAACGACAUUGUCAGCCGGCAGACACGCGACAACCGCGAGGUGACGCGGGACGUGAGUCGACUGAACGCGGCGCUGGCCUUCUUCAUCAACGAUCUGCUGUCGGUGAUGGACCGCACGUUCCUGCUGGGCCUGCGCCGCGCGCUCGCCGCCGACCCGGCGCAGCUGACGCACCUCAAGCUGGACUUUCUGCGGAUCGUGUGCUCGCACGAGCACUACUUCUCGCUGAACCUGCCGCUGGCCACGCCGCUGAGCAGCGCUCAGCCGGCCGCCUCGCCGACGCCGUCGGUGGGCUCGGCCAGCUCGCAGUCGUCCUACCUGUCGUCCACGCUGGUGGCCAACGAGCGGCCGCGCUUCGCCGAGCUGAGCGCCGAGUUCCGGCAGCAGCACUUCCUGGCCGGCCUGGUGCUCAGCGAGCUGGACCUGGUGCUGCGCGGCAGCAACUCGGGCACACACAGCAAGGCGGUGAGCGUGGAUCCGACGGCCCCAAGGCGGCGCGUGGCGCUGCUCUACCUGCCACUGCUGCCCGUCGUGCUGGACAACCUGGAGCACGUGCACGACUGGAGCGCGCAAGGUCGCGGCGGCUACCUGUCCCGGGAGGGCGGCACCUUGGGCGCCCAGCUGCUGAACGGGGGCCGGGACGCGGCCGGUGACGACGCCGCACGCGAUGCCCAGAGCGGCCUGUCGGGUAUUCGGCCGGAGACCAGCCGCGACCUGCUGACCUGCGUACUGUGGGUGCUGAAAAACACGCGCGCGGACGUGCUGCGUGCCACCUGGGCCGAGUACCGACCGUCGCGCAUCCAGCUGCUGCUGCGGCUGCUGCACACGGCCGUGUCUUGCUUUGAGUACAAGGUGGGCAGCCCGUCGGCCAUGAGUCAGGUGCGCGUCACGAUAUGCGCCGACCGACCGGAAGUCGGGAAGUCGAUGUCCCGCUGA